GGUGUUGCUGCUAGAAAGACGAGAAGAAAUCCGGUUAGUUUUCUCUGCAUCUCUGUGAUUUGUGUAAUUUUUUGGAACUUCUUGGACACGAAUGCACGGUGAAAUCGGUCCUCUGCCUGUACUUCGACACAACAGAUGCACACUAUGUUUAUUAUGUGUGAAGCGGUUUAGUUCCCUUGAUUUGACAGGAAUCGUCAUCCCCAUCAUGGUCGCCGUCGUCUAAAAUGAUUUACGAAGUGUUCUUGAGUUUCAGAGGUGCGGACACUCGCACAAAUUUCACGGAUCACCUUUACGACAGAUUGAAAGAGGCAGGGAUCCGGGUCUUCAGAGACGAGGAAGAGCUCAGCGUCGGUGAAGAGAUCAAGCCGCAGCUAAAAGAGGCGAUCAAGGGGUCGAAGAUCUCGGUAGCCGUCUUCUCCAAGGACUAUGCUUCCAGUAGAAGUUGCCUCACCGAGGUGGCGCAAAUGUGGGAGUGCAGAGAAUCUAAUGGACAUACUAUUAUCCCCAUUUUCUAUGACGUCACUCCACACGAUGUAAGACGACAGGCUGGGGAUUUUGGAAGGUCCUUCGAUCAACAUGUGAAAGACGGAGUCAGCGCAGAUACCAUCAAAACGUGGAAGAACGCGCUUCGACAGAUCGGGGCACUGAAAGGGUUUGAUCGGCAGAACAUAAAUGGAGGGCUUGAGUCCCAUCUCGUAAAAAGAGUACUCAGACAGGUCUGGCAGUUGUUGAAGAAGAAUGACCAAGAUGGGACCGACAACCUAGUCGGAAUCGAUCUUCAUGUUCAAGAGGUGAUGAGAAAGCUUGGUGUUGUCCACAGCGAUGGACAAGAGAUCCAAGCAUGUGGAAAAGACGUACGUGUCGUCGGAAUAUGGGGCAUGCGGGGUGUCGGGAAGACUACACUUGCAAAGGUUGUCUUCAACAAGAUUCAUGUGUUGUUCGAUGAAUGCAGCUUCCUUGCAGAUAUUAAUUCGAGAGAUGUCGUGUCUUCGCAAGAAAUAUUGAUUGCUUCCCUUCAAAAGAGAAUGCGAGAAACUAAACUUUUGCGGUGAUGGAAUUAAGAAAAUGGAAAGCCUGUUCAGGAAUAUGAAGGUUCUCAUUGUGCUUGAUGAUGUGCGUAAUG